UCUUUAUUGAAAUAGCUGUUGAUUAUCUGCUUAAAAAAAUUAAAAGUUUUUUCGAUUUUUUUGGUUCUGAUGUAUGUGUACAGUAAUGUGUUCUAUAUUGAUAUAACUGUUGAUCAUAGUUUUCCGAUUUUUUUUCUGAUGUGUAUAAUGAUGUAUUCUAUAUUGUAAUAGCUAUUGAUUCAUGUGCUUCAAUUUUUAAAAAUUUUUGGUUCGAUCGUUUUGAGGAUCUACUCAAUGUUGGUAAAUUCGAUAAUGUUGAGCAAAAUUAGGGAGUUGUUGGUGUUCUUAGUGUUGAUGACCAAUAAGGAAAUUAAACCCUAACGGAAACCGAAUAAUCGGGGUUUUGUUUGUGAAUCAUCUGUUGAUGAUGAUGAGGUUAGGGUUUUUGGAAAAGGUAAUGAGACUGUUGAGGGUUUAGGAGUGAAAUGGAAAUUCAAAAUAAUCGGGGUUUUGUUUGUGAAUCUGUUAUUGAUGCAUGUGUAUAAUUAUGUGUUCUGUAUUGAAAUAGCCGUUGAUUCAUGUGCUUCCAUUUUUUUAAUUGGUUUUUUGGUUCUGAUGUAUGUGUAUAAUUAUUUGUUCUAUAUUGGUUAGGAUUUCUUCAAUGUUGGCAAAUUCCGAUCAUAUUGACCCAAACUCGGGAGUUGUUAAUGCUGAGGCGAGAAAUGAAGGAAAUGUUGUUAGUGUUGAUCAUCUAUCAGAAAAUGAAACGAUGGAAAAUCAGAAUAAUCAGGGUUUUGUUUGUGAAUCUGUUAUUAGUAAUGGGGUUAGGGUUUCGGAAGAUGGUAAUCAGGUUGUUGAUGGUUUAAGAGAGCAAAUGGAAGGUUUAGAUGUGGAGAUUGAUUUGGGUUCAGGUGAAGUUGAAGGUCAAAUGGGGUUUUUUGGGUAUGAUGGACUUCAGGGUGAACUCGUGGUUGAUCUAAGUGGAUUUUCACAUCUUACCGGAAAGGGGAAUGCAGGAAAUGAAUCUAUUCCUGAUGGUAUAACAGUCAACAAUGACUCCAAGGUGGUGGAUGUCAAUAGUAGUAUAGGUAUUAGGCCUGAUGCUCUCAUUCCAGAAAGACGAGGUGUUAAGAACAGAAAGGAAGAGGAAGGUAAAUAUUAUCUGUCUGAUUUAGUAUGGGGUAAGGUGAGGACUCAUCCUUGGUGGCCUGGGCAGAUACUUGAGCCUUCUGCUGCAUCAGAAAAAGCAAUGAAAUACUUCAAAAAGAACAGUUAUCUUAUAUCUUAUUUUGGUGAUCAGACAUUUGCUUGGAGUGAAGCAUCUAGCAUUAAGCCAUUUAGGAUGUACUUCUCUCAAAUGGAGAAACAGAGCAAUUCAGAGAGUUUUUCUUAUGCGGUGAACUGUGCUCUAGAUGAGAUCUCUAGACAGGUUGAGUUUGGGCUGGCCUGCCCAUGUUUGCUAGAGGAGACCCAAGCAGAAAUGAAAUCUCAGAUUGUUGUGGAUGCUGGUAUCCAGGCUGAAUCAAGCAUGAGAACUGGAGGUGACAACCUUUCAGAUGAAACCUCGUUUAACCCUACCAAACUUGUUAGAACACUGAAGUCGGUAGCUGCAGCUCCACAUUCGAGGAUUGACAGAUUGGCAUUUGUGUUGGCAAAGGCUCAAUUGGAAGCCUUUAAUCGCUGGAAGGGUUAUUAUGACGUCCCAGUAAUAGAUGAACUGAGUGAUUUGUUGGAAAAUGAUGAUGAUGCUGAACCACUGCUUGGUAAGAAAGAUGCUAGUUAUGUGACAUCAGAGGAAAAUUCUAACGUACAAGGUACUACCUCUACAAAGCGUUCUCGAUGCUCAGGGAUUGAUGAACACCCCAGUAAAAAAGAAAAAUUAAUGUCCAUUUUGAUGUAUGGGGGCAGUUCAGGCAUACCAAAUGAUCAGAAAAAAUCUAGAGGGAAAGUUGGACGAGAGAGAAAAUCUGUGUCUUCUGAGAAGAGACAUUUAACAUUUGAUUAUAUGCCUAACAAUUCAAAGGCAAAAAGAAGGAAAAAGGAAUUGUCACCAAGCCGUGAUAACAAGAUGUCUUUACCAUCUCAUAAAGCUGCAAGCCGGAUUCGCAAGUCUAUUGAAAGAAAUUCCCAAAGAACUAGUGAGCAUAGUGAAAAAUCAAGAAAUGUUGGUUCACCUGAAGGAGAACAGUUGAUUCCAAAAGAGUCUCCUUCUCCAACAGAAAUGCUCUCAAAGCUCUAUUCAGCAGCGAAGGAUCCCAUGAAUGCAUAUAGUAUUUUGAUGUCGCAAGCUGGUUGGUUCUGUGAUUAUAGGAAUUUAACUUGCUCAGAAACUGCCGAGUCAGGAGACCACCCAAAAACGACAGAAAAGCAUGUUGGACAAAAUUCAUCCAACUCAGUGUCUGCUGAAACUUUGUCAAUAGAAGGUAUUGAAGACUCAUAUUGGACUGAUCGGAUUAUCCAAUGCAACCCCGAAGAUCAGGUGUUGUUUGAACCAGAGGUCCAAAAUGAGGAGGAUUUUCCUGAUGCUAAAUGGGAUUCUUCUCCUGGCCUGAGUCCAAGCUUGGACAAUAAACAAGAAGUACGUCGCUUGGUUGAGUAUUCAGAAAGAGAAAAUUUAUCUGAUCUCGUAGAUGGAAAUUCUGAGUACUCCCCAACUGCUCUGAUUCUUAACUUUUCAGAUUUAGAUUCAAUUCCUCCCAUAGCAGAGUUGAACAUAAUUUUUAGUCAGUAUGGUCCACUUUGUGUAUCUGAGACUGAACUUUUUCACAAGAGCAAACGAGCGAAAGUUGUUUUCAAGAGGCGUGCCGAUGCUGAAACAGCUUUUAGCAGUUCAGGGAAAUUUAGUAUUUUUGGUCCAUCACUCAUCAGUUACCGCCUAGAGUAUUCGCCAUCACCACACAAAGCAUCUUGUACCCCAAAACGUAAAAGGAAGUACACUGCAUCUUUAGCAUUGAAGGGAGUUUGAAACUGAACGAUUGCUAAAGUCACCAACAAGCAUGUGGAGAAACCAUGCUUUGGCCUAUAUUGUUAGAGCAACUUGACAUCUAUGUUGCUCGCAUUUUGGAGAAUCUGACAUUGGGUGCGGCAACAAAUUUUGGAGAGUCCGAGAUGUAUAGUAGAUGCUAUUGACGUAGUAAUUUAUUGUCCUCUGUUAGCUGUUACUUAUGUCUGUAGUUAUUAGUAAAAAGGUGUGUUGUAAUUGAAAUACAUGGUCAUUGCUGCUGAAAGUUUCAUGUAAUGGACAGAGACUUUGUUCCAAUAGAGUGCAUUUGGGGCUA